AUUAAAAAAAGUGCCUUUGAUAUUUGGAAACUGAAGGAGAAAGGAAAGGCCCUUCUGUGACUGUAUCUGUCUGUGUUCCUCAACCAUGGAAGAAGCCAUGGCAUCUCCAUGCUACUCUGAUAUGUGCGGAAUUGUGCAGGGCGUGGAUCAGGGAUUCUUCAACCGAUGGGACUUGCAGCAGCUGGAGGUGGCUUUGGGACAGGGCUCGGAGCAGAGUCCGUCCUCCGAGAGCCACUGCGAGAGGCCCAAGAAGCAGCUCAGGACCAGAAGCUGGAGCUCCUGCACCACCGCCGCCGACCAGAGCUCGGCCUCCGCUCCGAGAAUUCUGUCGUUCGGGAAGCCCGAUUCGCCGAUCUGCCACUCGGGCUUCUACGGUGGCGUGGUGAAGAAGAAGGUGGAGGAGGCGGCGGAGGGCUCCGUCAGCAAUGGCUCCAGGAGAAGCACCCCGGCGAAGAGGACGUCGGCGCACAACCAUGAACACAUCAUGGCGGAGAGGAAGCGGAGGGAGAAGCUGAGCCAGCGAUUUAUCGAGCUCUCGGCCAUCGUUCCUGGUCUGAAAAAGAUGGACAAAGCUUCAGUUCUCAGCGACGCGAUCAAGUACUUGAAGCAGCUCCAAGACAAGGUCAUGAACCUCGAAGACCAGAUCACGAAGAGGAGCAUCGAGUCGGCAGUUCUGGUGAGGAAGACUCAGCUUUGCGUCGAAGACGACGCCGACGACGAUGGUCAUUUCAAUGACGAUCGCCGACGGCGAAGUUGCUUCUUACCCCCCAAGAUCGAGGCGCGAGUCUGCGACAAGUCCAUCCUGAUCAAGAUCCACUGCGAGAACCGCAAGGGCGUGCUGGUUCAAGCGCUGUCGGAGAUCGAGAAGCUCCACCUCUCGGUGGUGAACACCAGCGUGAUACCGUUCCCCGGCAACUCCCUCGACAUCACCGUCGCGUCUCAGAUCGAGGAGGCCUUUUCAAUGUCGGCUAGGGACGUGGUGAAGAGGCUGAAUUCAGCAUUCAGGCAGUUCAAAUGAGACGAUCGUCGUCGCAGAGAGGAAAGCUGAAGAUGAACUGAGUUCUUGUUUUCCUGUUAUUUUUCAUUCUCUUCCUCCAAUCCUCUGCAUGAUGUUUUCUUUCUCUGUUUAAUCCAAAAAGAAAUUGGAGAAUUGGCACUCA